AGUGGAAGAAAGCUUUAAGCUUUGUGACCCAACCUGAGGAAAAAAAAAAAGAAAACACAAACGUCAUUUUUAUAAAGAAAAUGGAAGAAAAAUAGGAAAAUAGAAUUUUUUUUUUCCCUUAGGGUUUGACUGUGAAUUGGGAAAUCGCGCGUGACCCAAAUUGUGGAAUCACCGAUUCCGUCAAGCUCGGUUCUCUGUGGGGGAAGAUCUAUCCUCAAUUGCUCCGAAAUUUGCGGAUUUUGGAGCGAGAAAGCUGGUGUCAGUAGCUGAAGCUGGAGAGAGAAAAUGGGGUGAAUGGUGAUUUUUUGAACGUUAAGGAUCGGAGGGAAAAUAAAAGGGCUUUUUUCUUCAAAUUUGGAGGGAUUCUGAGGCUUUUGCAUUUCUGGUGUAGGUGUUGAAUUCUGGGUUGAUUGCAUGCAAUCUGGCGGCAGCGGCGGUGGGCCCGGCCGGAACCCGGCAGGGCGGGCGGCAUCAACGUCGUCAGCGGCGGCAUCUCCGUCUUCUCCGUCUUCGGCGGCCUCUCACUUGGGAUUGGAUUCUUUGCAGCAGCAACAGCAGAAGCAACACCAACAGCAGCAGAUAGGUUCUAGGCAGUCAUUUCAACAGCAUCUGCUUAGAAAAUCUGAAGGGAAUGAAGCAUUUUUGGCAUAUCAAGCAGGGCUUCAAGGAUUUGGGAGUAACAAUUUCUCUUCUCCUAGUGCCAUGCAACUGCCUCAGCAGUCUCAAAAAUUUAUGGAUUUAGCUCAGCGUGGCUCCAACCAGGGUCAAGGCGUUGAGCAGCAAAUGCUAAAUCCUGCCCAACAAGCAUACCUUCAAUAUGCUUUCCAGGCUUCUCAACAAAAGUCUGCUUUGGCAAUGCAGUCACAGCAGCAACCUAAAAUGGGAAUGUUAGGCCCUUCAUCCAUGAAGGAUCAGGAAAUGCGAAUGGGAAAUUUGAAAAUGCAAGACCUUAUGUCUAUGCAGGCAGUGAAUCAAGCCCAAGGAUCAUCCUCUAGGAAUUCAUCUGAACAUUUUGCUCAUGGGGAAAAGCAGAUAGAGCAAGGACAGCAGCUAGCACCUGAUCAGAAGAGUGAAGGAAAGCCAUCAAUCCAGGGACCAGCCAUUGGACACUUGGUGCCUGGAAAUAUUAUAAGACCUGGGCAAGCAUUGGCAACUCAACAGAGCAUCCCAAAUGCUAUGAACAACCAGAUUGCACUGUCUGCUCAAUUGCGGGCUAUGCAGGCAUGGGCACAUGAAAGAAAUAUUGAUCUAUCAAAUCCUGCAAAUGCUAACUUAAUGGCUCAGUUCAUCCCGCUGGCGCAAUCAAGGAUGGUUCAACAGUCAAAGGCAAAUGAUACUAACACUGUGGCUCAGUCAUCACCUGUCCCUGUUUCAAACCAGCAGGUUACUUCUCCAGCAGUUGCAAGUGAGGGCUCAGCACAUGCUAAUUCAUCUAGUGAUGUGUCUGCACAGUCAGGCUCUGCAAAAUCCAGGCAGAUGGCUCCACCAAGCCAUUUGGGCCCACCAAUUAAUGCUGGUAUAUCUGGUAACUCCGGUGACAUGGCAGUGCAGCAAUUCAGUCUUCAUGGCAGAGAUGCUCAAGGAUCUUUGAGGCAACCAGUUAUAGUUGGAAAUGGAAUGCCUUCUAUGCAUCCACAACAGUCUUCUGCUAACGUAAACAUUGGUGCAAAUCAUCCUUUGAAUGCAAAAGCUUCAUCAUCUGGUCCAGAACCUGCACAAAUGCAGUACACCAGGCAAUUAAACCAAUAUGCUUCUCAGGCUGGAGGUCUGACAAAUGAAGGGGGCUCAGGAAAUUACACCAAACCUCAAGGAGCACCAUCUCAGAUGCCUACACAACAAAAUGGUUUUACCAAACAACAGCUUCAUGUUCUUAAAGCACAGAUACUAGCAUUUAGGCGACUGAAGAAAGGAGAAGGUACACUCCCCCAAGAACUUCUUCAGGCCAUUGUUCCACCACCACUUGAUUCACAAAUACAGCAGCCAGUUCAUUCUGCAGGAAGACAAAAUCAAGAGAAAUCUGUUGGAAAUAUUGUGGCGGAACAACCAAGGCAGAAUGAGUUCAAUUCCAAGGAUUCACAGCCUAUCCCAACAAUUAAUGGAAAGAGUUCUUCAAAGCACGAAGGCUUUGUCAGAGAUGAGAAAUCCACUGUAACAGCAGUUCAUAUGCAAGCUAUGUCUCCUGUGACAAAGGAAUCUGCUGGAAAGGAAGAGCAGCAAUAUGUUGAAUGCUCCGCUAAGUCAGACAAGGAAAGUGAAUGUGGAAUUAGCAGAAUUCCUGUUAGAAAUGAGGUGGCAUUAGAUAGGGGAAAGGCUAUUGCACCCCAGGCUUCUAUAAAUGACACAAUGCAAGUUAACAAACCUGCACAAACAAGUACUGUUGCCCAGCCAAAGGAAGUGGGACCCACCAUAAAAUAUCAUGGGCCCCUAUUUGAUUUUCCUUUCUUCACUAGGAAACAUGAUUCCUUUGGGUCAUCAUUGAUGGUAAACAACAACAAUAAUUUGUCACUGGCAUACGAUGUGAAAGAGCUUCUUUAUGAGGAAGGCAUGGAAGUCCUUAAUAGCCGAAGGACAGAGAAUUUAAAGAAGAUUGAGGGUUUACUGGUGGUAAACUUAGAGAGGAAAAGAAUUAGGCCAGAUCUUGUGUUGAAGUUGCAAAUUGAAGAGAAAAAGCUUCGCCUUUUAGAUCUUCAGGCACGUCUAAGGGAUGAGAUUGAUCAACAGCAACAAGAGAUAAUGGCAAUGCCAGAUCGGCCAUAUCGCAAGUUUGUUAGGCUGUGUGAACGUCAGCGUAUGGAACUUGCUAGACAAGUGCAGGCAUCUCAGAGAGCUCUAAGGGAGAAGCAACUCAAAUCUAUAUUUCAAUGGCGCAAGAAACUUCUUGAAGCACACUGGGCCAUUCGUGAUGCCCGUACUGCUCGCAACAGGGGGGUGGCCAAAUAUCAUGAGAGGAUGUUGAGAGAGUUCUCGAAACGUAAGGAUGAUGACAGGAACAAAAGGAUGGAAGCCUUAAAAAACAAUGAUGUUGACAGAUAUAGGGAGAUGUUGCUGGAGCAGCAGACUAGCAUCCCAGGUGAUGCUGCAGAAAGAUAUGCUGUUCUUUCAACUUUUUUAUCCCAGACUGAAGACUAUCUACAUAAAUUAGGAAGUAAGAUAACUGCUGCAAAGAAUCAACAGGAAGUGGAGGAGGCAGCAAAAGCUGCUGCAGCUGCUGCACGAUUGCAGGGUCUUUCUGAAGAAGAAGUCAGAGCAGCAGCAGCUUGUGCUGGGGAUGAAGUGACGAUCAGAAAUCGUUUUAUGGAGAUGAAUGCUCCUAGAGACAAUUCAUCUGUCAGCAAGUAUUACAACCUUGCUCAUGCCGUGCAUGAAAGGGUUGUAAGGCAACCAUCAAUGUUAAGGGCUGGAACACUGAGAGACUAUCAGCUUGUUGGUUUGCAAUGGAUGCUUUCUUUGUAUAACAACAAAUUAAAUGGAAUUUUGGCGGAUGAGAUGGGUCUUGGUAAAACUGUACAGGUUAUGGCAUUAAUUGCCUACUUGAUGGAAUAUAAAGGGAACUACGGCCCACAUCUUAUAAUAGUCCCAAAUGCAGUUUUGGUUAACUGGAAGAGUGAGUUGCAUACUUGGUUACCAUCUGUGUCAUGCAUUUAUUAUGUUGGAACUAAGGAUCAUCGGUCAAAAUUAUUUUCUCAAGAAGUUAUGGCUAUGAAAUUUAAUGUCCUUGUGACUACUUAUGAGUUCAUCAUGUUUGACCGGUCAAAACUUUCAAAAAUUGAUUGGAAGUACAUCGUAAUUGAUGAAGCUCAGAGAAUGAAGGACAGAGAUUCAGUUCUAGCCCGUGAUCUUGAUAGAUAUCGUUGUCAAAGACGCCUUCUUCUUACUGGAACACCUUUACAGAAUGAUUUGAAGGAACUGUGGUCACUUUUAAAUUUACUGCUUCCUGAGGUUUUUGACAAUAGGAAAGCCUUUCAUGAUUGGUUUUCAAAACCAUUUCAAAAGGAAGGUCCCUCUCAAAAUGCAGAGGAUGAUUGGCUUGAGACAGAGAAGAAAGUUAUCAUUAUCCAUCGACUUCAUCAGAUUCUUGAGCCUUUCAUGCUCAGACGCCGUGUUGAAGAUGUUGAAGGCUCGCUGCCACCAAAGGUCAGUAUAGUUUUGAAAUGUAAAAUGUCAGCUGUCCAGAGUGCCAUUUAUGACUGGAUCAAAUCAACCGGCACCCUACGUCUUGAUCCUGAGGAUGAGCAACGUAGGAUUGAAAAAAAUCCAGUCUAUCAGGCAAAGCAGUAUAAAACUUUAAAUAACAGAUGCAUGGAGCUACGUAAAACUUGCAACCAUCCUUUGCUUAAUUACUCAUUCGAUAGUGACUUAUCUAAAGACUUCAUUGUAAAAUCUUGUGGGAAAUUGUGGAUCUUGGAUAGGAUCCUUAUAAAACUUCAAAGAACUGGACAUCGAGUUCUGCUCUUUAGUACCAUGACUAAACUCCUAGACAUCUUGGAAGAGUACCUGCAAUGGCGAAGACUUGUGUUCAGAAGAAUUGAUGGGACAACAAGUUUGGAAGAUCGUGAAUCAGCUAUAGUGGACUUUAAUAGCCCUAACUCAGACUGUUUCAUCUUCUUGCUUAGUAUUCGAGCUGCUGGGAGAGGCCUUAACCUUCAGUCUGCUGACACAGUUGUCAUUUAUGAUCCUGAUCCAAACCCUAAAAAUGAGGAGCAGGCUGUGGCUAGAGCUCAUCGCAUUGGACAGAGAAGAGAAGUCAAAGUUAUCUACAUGGAAGCUGUUGUUGACAAAAUCCCUAGCCAUCAGAAGGAGGAUGAAUUGAGAAAUGGAGGCACUGUUGAUAUGGAGGAUGAACUUGCAGGAAAGGAUCGCUAUAUAGGAUCCAUUGAGAGCCUAAUAAGGAACAAUAUUCAACAAUAUAAGAUAGAUAUGGCUGAUGAGGUUAUUAAUGCUGGACGUUUUGAUCAAAGAACAACACACGAAGAGAGACGUUUGACUCUGGAGACAUUAUUACAUGAUGAAGAAAGGUAUCAAGAAAAUGUCCAUGAUGUUCCUUCACUACAGGAGGUAAAUCGCAUGAUUGCUAGGAGUGAAGAGGAAGUUGAAUUGUUUGAUCAAAUGGACGAAGAACUGGAUUGGAUUGAGGAGAUGACUCGGUAUGAUCAGGUGCCUCCAUGGCUUCGAGCCAAUACAAGAGAAGUGAAUGCAGCAAUUGCUGCUUUAUCAAAAAAACCAUCAAAGAACAUUUUAUUGGGUGGUAGUAUUGGCAUGGAAUCUGGUGAAGUGGGAUCCGAGAGAAGGAGGGGACGGCCCAAAGGAAAAAAGCAUCCUAGUUAUAAAGAAUUGGAAGAUGAAAAUGGAGAAUACUCUGAAGUAAGCUCUGAAGACAGAAAUGGAUAUUCUGCACAUGAAGAAGGGGAAAUCGGAGAAUUUGAAGAUGAUGGGUACAGUGGGGCUGAUGGAGCUCAGCCCAUGGAUAAAGAUCAAUUGGAAGAUGGUCCACUUUUUGAUGCUGGAUAUGAAUUUCCUCGAUCUUCUGAAAUUGGUAGAAAUAAUCAUCUGGUUGAAGAAGCUGGUUCCUCAGGAUCAUCAUCAGAUGGUCAAAGAUUGACACGGACAGUGUCACCAUCAGUUUCCUCGCAGAAAUUUGGUUCCCUAUCAGCAUUAGAUUCCAGGCCAAGUUCCAUUUCAAAAAGGAUGGGGGAUGAGUUAGAGGAAGGGGAAAUUGCAGUUUCUGGUGAUUCUCACGUUGAUCAUCAACAGUCUGGAAGUUGGAUUCAUGAUCGUGAUGAAGGUGAGGAUGAACAAGUUUUGCAGCAACCCAAGAUUAAACGUAAACGUAGUCUUCGUGUUCGACCCCGUCAUGCCAUGGAAAAGCCUGAAGACAAGUCUGGCAGUGAGAUGGCAUCUCUUCAAUGUGGCGAAUCAUCAUCUCUUUUAGCAGAGAAUAAAUAUCAAGUGCAAACAAAGACGGACCCAGAAUCAAAAUCAUUUGGAGAUUCCAUUGCCAGUAAACAUGAUAAGAGUGGAUCCUCAUUAAAGAAUAAGCGAAAUUUACCUUCAAGGAAAGGAGCUAAUUCAUCCAAAUUACAUGGCUCAUCUAAGUCUAGUCGUUUGAAUUGCGCAUCUGUUCCUUCAGAGGAUGGGGGUGAACAGUCUAGAAAAAGUUGGGAGAAGCCUAUCAAUUUAAGUGGAUCUUCAGCUCAUGGCACUAAGAUGACUGAAAUCAUCCACAGCAAGUGCAAAAGCGUAAUUGGCAAUCUUCAAAAGAGAGUAGACAAGGAAGGUCAUCAAAUUGUACCUUUGCUAACAGAUUUGUGGAAGAAGAUUGAGAAUUCUGGGAACAGUCAGUUGGAUUUACGGAAGAUUGACCAGCGGAUUGAUAGAUUGGAGUAUAAUGGAGUCAUGGAGAUUGUGUCUGACGUGCAGUCAUUGUUGAGGAGUACAAUGCAAUUCUAUGGGUGCUCAUAUGAGGUAAGAUCUGAAGCAAAGAAGGUUCAUGAUCUCUUCUUUGAGAUCUUGAAAACUGCAUUUCGGGAUAUGGACUUCAGAGAAGCAAAAAGUGCACUUCCUUUCUCUAGUCAAACUUCUGCCAAAAAUGUAGCAUCCCCAAGGCAAGGGACUGUUUGCCCAAGCAAGAGGCAGAGAGUGGUAAAUGACGUGGAAACUGAUCCGUGCCUUUCACAAAAGCCACUGCAACGCGGAUCCGCUUCUAACAGUGAAAAUGCCAGGAUCAAAGGCCAUUUGCCACAGAAGGAAUCAAGAACUGGAAGUGGUAGUGGCAGUGCCCGGGAGCAACUUCAGCAGGAUAAUCCUUCACUGCCUACUCAUCCAGGUGAACUGGUUGUAUGCAAGAAGAGAAGAAAUGACAGGGAAAAAACAUUGGUGAAGGCUAGGACUGGAUCAGCUGGUCCUGUUUCACCACCUAGCAUUGGUCCUGUUAUAAGAAGUCCAAGGUCAGGUUCAACCCCAAAGGAUGCUAGAGUGGCUCAACAAACUCCCCCUCCUGCACAGGGAUGGGUUGGCCAGCCAUCUCAACAACCAAAUGGGUCUGGUGGGUCAGUUGGCUGGGCAAAACAUGUAAAGCGCCAUAGAACAGAUUCUGGGAAGAGGAGACCAAGCCAUAUAUAGAUUUUUCAAGGAGGCAAGGAUGGUAUAUAAUGGAAAUGUUGCAGCUAGUUUCAUGAAAAAGAGUUUUAGUGGCCCUUUACCUUUGAUAGAGUUUAGCCCAUACUGUUAGCAUAGAGUUAGGUCCUCCUAUGUAUUUUACAGUUACCUCAAGGGGUUAAAUUACAAUGAUCUACAGUUUUUGUUUGGGUGUCUGCAUCUUGCAGGAACUGGUUCUUUUAUUAAAGAUGGCUUCAGAAUCUCUUGUAUAGUAACUGGUUAGUUCAUAAUCAUAUUAGUUCAUGUUAAUGGUUAAACAUGAUGUCUUGUUUAUC